UCUAUACGUAAGUUCAAACGCAGAGUCCAAAGUUCAUUGCAGUGGCAUGCAAAAAAAAAUCAGCGCGGAUGAAUAGGGCCUGGUGAUAGACCCAAAUUGGAGCAGUAGCGCCGAUCAAGCACUUCUGCUGAGAUGCUUCCGAUAUACAUAUUCGAUCAAAUCAUGCGCCAUUUUUCUUGCAACGCCGUACGUUCCUUCAUUUCCAAGGAUCUGCGCCGCAUGGUUUUCAUAGCUCUUGACUUCAGAAAAGGCUAAAUGGACGUGCCCCAGUCCACAGUGUACUCAACCUGAAUUUGGUGUGCUUGUACCUGCACUCGACCAGAUCUGAUGGCAACCGCUCUUGUCAACCUCCUUCUUGCCCACAAUGUUUAUUCAGCGCCCAUCCCCCCUCACAAUAUGACUUCUUUCCUGCAAAAUGUAUCUGAUGGUUGCAACGAUCUCCGGAAUUGCCGAACGAUGUGGGGCAUUGUGUAUAGCUGUCUCCUUACCGUGUUUGCUUGCAUUUGGACGGCGGUGCACCCAAAUCUACCAAAGCACUAUCGUGGUGAUGGUUUCUUAUCCAUUACAUCGCGCGUCGGCUUGAUGAUAGUUUCACUGCUUUCACCGGAGGGAUUUCUGGCGUUGGCAUGGCGCCAAUUCUUGUGGUCUUGGAGAAUAUCAGAGAAAUACAAGAUGGUUGAAGGGUGGGCCCUGACGCAUUCAUACUUUGUCACCAUGGGUGGUUUCUUCGACCCGUCAAAAGGAGGAGCAGUGGACCCGAACGACUUGCAGCGAUACCCCAGCAUAAUUGAGAAGACCGGGAAUACUAGAAAGGCCACAAUAACAAAGAUGGAAAUUCUUGACAGAAGCAAAGGCGAUGCGUUUUCCAAAUUUCUCAUUGUCCUUCAAUUACUAUGGUUUAUCACUCAAUAUGUCGGACGAUGGGCACGCCAUUUGCACAGAUCGCAACUCGAGGCAAUGACGCUGGCGUAUGCAGCAUUAAGCCUCUUUGUUUAUGUGUUGUGGUGGCAUAAACCCGUUAACAUUCGAUUCCCAAUCCAUGUGACGGAAGAGUCCCCUUCGGUUCCUCCGACUUCCGAGACAAAUGUCGAUCAACCAAUACCUAAAACGGAGACUGAUGCAGAUCCAAUGUCCCUCGUGGAGGUGUCUGAGCCUGAGCUUAGGGAAUCCUUGUUCAUAUUUGCAGCCGCUGGGAUGAUCUUUGGGGGAAUCCAUUGCCUUGCAUGGUCAUUUCCUUUUCCGACCCACAAGGAGAUGAUUCUAUGGCGGGUUGCAGCAAUAUAUAUUACAGUGGCUCCUAUCGUUAUAAUGUUGGGCAAUUUGGUUGCGGGUCAUGUUCUGGCCACCAGUGGGGUUGUGAUAGUACUUAUUCUACCUGUUUACGUUGCUGCGCGGGUCAUCCUCCUGGUUCUCACCUUCAGUUCUUUGCGUUCGCCUCCGCCUGAUCUGUACCAGACCCCGUCUUGGUCAUCGUUUCUCCCGCAUUUUGGAUAGCUGUGUGUGUACUACCGCGCUUCUGCUUAACAUUGUGUUUUAUUGCAGGGUAGCACGAGUGCAGUUACACAAGUUACGCAUGAACGGCAUUAGUUACGGAAGGCACGAAUAACGAC